AUGGGUCCCGUGGCGUCGACAGUGCGGAAGUCCAAGGUCUCGGAGGACGUGGUGACCCUCAAGAAGAUCAAGGUGCUCCUUCUCGGCGGUCCACAAGUUGGCAAAACCAGCAUCUUUUAUCGCCUCUUGCGCAACCACUUUGAGCCCAGCGAGUCGCGUGUCGACGUUGGAGUCAACAUUGGUCUCAAGUCGAUCGAGCUCGACGGGGGACCAACGAUUGUGAUUGAAAUGUGGGAUGUACCGUCGACGCCGCAUCUCUCCAAGGCGACAACGUACCUUGAAGGUGCCGAUGCUGUCAUCUUUGUCGCAAGCACGACCGACGCCUCGAGCUGCAAGCACGUGCAGGCCUACUACGACGUGCUGCAGGCAAUGUACCCUAGCCCUCAUCCCCACCUCGGGCUCCCGGCAGUGGUCUUUCAGUCCAAAGCCGACUGCCCUGUCAAACAGCCGUUGACGGCCGACGACCAAAUGUGGCACGAGCAAGUGCGACUCGACUGCUUCCCAGUAAGCGCCAAGACCAACGAAGGUCUUGGGGUCGCGCUCAAGCUACUACUGGUGCACGUACUGCCUCCGCGCGACAUCGUCGGCGACCUAGCUUCUCUGGAUGUCUAG